AAGCAAAAGUCUUUAUUUGAGAAGAAAGAUAGAGGAAAGAUAGAAAGAAGAAGAUGACGAUGUUGAUGAAGCAAGGACUUCUGACAUGGAGCCCUUGUGAUCCUCACUUCAUCUCUAGAUUUUCUCACUCAUAUCUUAAUCCACGAAAAUCUAUCAAACCCACUUCAUCUUUCACAAUCUUUGCUGCAAGAAAUGAUCCCAAUUCCAGUAAUUUCAUUUGUCCUCUGAGAAAAGUCAGUGAGGGUGGAGGCUCUCAGCUAGAGAUGCUCGCCAAUUUUGAUUUCAAGGGAAGGAUGCUUCGCAGACUCCCAGCUACAGUGCUCAUAGUCACCAAUGCAAUAGUGUUUGAUAAACCUCUGGAGGCACUCGCAGAGACAUGUCAAGCUGAUAAUUCCGUGUUCAAUAUGAAUAUGCCAUUAUUACUUUUUGUUGCCCUUAUAGGGGCCACGGUUGGAGGACUACUUGCACGACAGAGGAGAGGAGAACUGCAGCGACUAAAUGAGCAGCUGCGCCAGAUCAAUGCGGCUCUGAGGAGGCAGGCUAAGAUUGAAUCAUAUGCACCCAGUUUGAGUUAUGCUCCUGUUGGUGGAAGGAUUGCAGAGGAUGAAGUAAUUGUUGAUCCAAGGCAGUCAGAUUUAAUUUCUCGUCUGAAAAAUGGAAAAAAUUUCCUGAGAAAUCAAGAACCGGAGAAGGCAUUUUCUGAGUUUAAGACAGCACUUGAGCUUGCCCAGAAUCUGAAAGAUCCAAUCGAGGAAAAGAAGGCUGCGAGGGGUUUAGGGGCAUCCCUACAAAGGCAGGGAAAAUAUCGGGACGCGAUCAAGUACCAUUCUAUGGUUCUGGAAAUUUCACAAAGGGAAGGAGAGGAGUCAGGUAACACGGAAGCCUAUGGAGCAAUAGCUGAUUGUUACACCGAACUUGGGGACCUGGAACGAGCUGCGAAAUACUAUGACCAAUAUAUUUCAAGGUUACAAUCAGACUGAUCUCUGUACUUCCCGAAUCUCCAUAUUAUGUAAUCUUGAGGUUGCAGGAUUUAGUCGAGUUUUAUGCGAAUAACAUAAUUUUUGUAGAGUUAAUAUGUUGUAGACUUCUCACCUCCUCUCUGGUAAAUUCAAAUUCUUCUUUCUAGAGUUUGAGUAA